AUGGCGAGCCAGACUCAGUUUCAGCUAUUUCCUCAGGUCCAGCCUCUAAACAAGCCCAAUGGCAAUCCAUUCAGAAAAGGGAAUCGACGACGUGCUACAAAGUCUCCAGUAAUUUCACCGAUCUUGGGUGACGACAAGACAUCAUCCCAGACCGAGGCCGUCAUUCUUCAAAUCAUCGAGGACACAAAUAAGACUCCUCUAGCCCCUUCUCCUACGGUUUAUAUUGUGAGCACGAAUUCUCCCUCAUUCAAUACGGAACUCAGAGAAAAAUCGAAAGUUGUGGAAUCUCCUCAACGGUCCGAAAAUGGCAAAUCUCUCCCUCCCCAGUCAACUUCGCCGGAACCUAUUCGAUCCGGAUCUCCCGUUCAAAUUGAGGUGACCACCUCACCGCCUAGAUCACCUACAUCCCCAGUGGUGUCAAUGAGGUCAAUAUUUCCCCGUUACGAUCCCAACGUGCCUUUGAGCCAGCAGCAAUACUAUCCCCAACGUUCGAGACCUAACGAUCUUCCGCGGGAAGUUAUAUCGAGAUGUGACUAUAACCAAAGUGUGGCAUCUCCACAGUCUGCUUCUUCCCGUACUAUGCGCGAGUCCACCCAACUAGCUGCUGCUGCUAAGGUUACAUCCUCCCAGCAACUCACACGUCUAUGGGAGGCUGCAAAUGGAGAAGGCCACAACCUGAACUCGGAACAUUUCACCUACGUAUUUCCAAGUGAGUCGAAAGGCAAUCGUGUACAUCUUGCGUUGGAAUCUCACCCCACCAAAGAGAAUACCAAGUCUCCCAUAGUUACACUGAGCAACACGGAAAUUAACAGACCUAAAGGUAAUGGCUUUACUACGGUUAUUUUCCCCAUGUUGGCAGAGAUCCUAGCUAGAGAUCAAGCGUUGAGCUUGUCAAGGCAACAUCAGCUAGCUCCAACCGACGCAAUGGAGGUGGAGGAGGAUGCUGUUAGGCGGGCAGAAGCUCAAGAGUCCUGCAUACUAGAGUGGAACGGGUCUCAUGGUCGGUACGACGUGCUGCACCAGGCUUUGUUUAAUGACCCAAGUGACGGUCGGGAAAAUGAGAUCCAACAGCAAGGGCUCCCCAUCAUAAAUAAACGGGGCCAAACAUUACGCCUCUCGGUCUCCGCCUCUACAACAGAUAGCGCACAGUUGGACCAUCCUCCAUCAAUUCUUGUCACAAUGCCAGGACGGGACUCGACCAAAGAUAUUCCGUUGGUAGCUCUAGACUUGGAAACCAUGACGCUGUCGAUUUCGGCGGGCAUCAUAUCCUCCACGAUUCCGGCUUUAUACUGCAUAGACUCCCUAGUUGCCUCAGUUCUCAUAAUCGCUGCCACGGACCAAUUUAUUAGAAACAUUCUUGGCGGAAUGAGCAUCGAAACUGCUGUGACCAAAGGAGAAUUCCCAGAUCCAUAUAAUGUCACGUCCUCCAGGGCACCAUCAGCGGCAGCUACCUUCCAGCCAUGUUUUAAUGGUCAGCUAAUCGCCACACAGGCGGAGCGUGAAGAGGCAGAGCAAGAAGCUAUGCUGAUGUCACAAAUUCAUUCUUCUUCCAAGCGCAAGAAAAGGUAUUCGUUUUGGAAGAGGUCAUCCUCCUCCUCUCCAGAGACGAAGACAAAAGUGAAAAAGAGUAUUAAGAAAGCCCCAGUUGUGAUUGAGGAAAUUGACCUUGAAAACUACGGUCGAUAUAGCAGCGGAUCUCGCGAAGGAGAGGAAUUACCUGGAAUCAUGAGGUCUGUGCUCAAGCUUAUAUUUUGGGGAUUUAAAGCUGUUAUCUGGGGCCUCACUGUUGCGUUGAAGUUCAUCGCAUGGUUCCUAGUUAAAUUGACGCGGUGUUUUACCAGCGAGAAAUUUUAG